GAUUUUUUUGCAGCCGUUCGCCUAGCGUGGCCUUCAGGUUGAUAGAAGUCCAGAUCCUAAGGAAACCUCCAGCUAAAUGCUCAAAAUAUAAAAUACUGAGCUAAUAUUUGCGAAGAGCUGCGGAAUGGAUGGAUUUUAUGACCAGCAAGUGCCUUACGUGGUCACCAAUAGUCAGCGUGGGAGAAAUUGUAACGAGAAACCAACAAAUGUCAGGAAAAGAAAAUUCAUUAACAGAGAUCUGGCUCAUGAUUCAGAAGAACUCUUUCAAGAUCUAAGUCAGUUACAGGAAACAUGGCUUGCAGAAGCUCAGGUACCUGACAAUGAUGAGCAGUUUGUGCCAGACUAUCAGGCUGAAAGUUGUAAGUAUAAUAAUA